UGAAACAUUUAAAGACAUAGAAAUAUGAAACAAGUUAUUUUGAUAUGGAUAUUUUGUAUUGGAAAUGUAAUAGGACAUGGAAAACUAUGGGAACCACCAGCCAGAUCGACUAUGUGGAGAAGAGGAUUCAAAACACCCGUUAAUCCAAAUGAUAAUGAACUAAAUUGUGGUGGAUUUCAAAAUCAUUGGAUAAAAUAUGGCGGACGUUGUGGCGUGUGUGGUGAUCCUUAUCAAACAAGCCCGAGACCGAACGAAGCAGGAGGAGAGUACGCCACUGGAGCUAUAUCACGACACUAUAAAAGUGGUCAAAUUAUUGAUUUAGCAGUCGACAUAACAGCCAAUCAUGUUGGAUUUUUUGAAUUUCGUAUUUGUCCGAAUAAUGACGCAACAAAACCGAUCACGCAAAAAUGUUUGAAUAGAUAUCCUUUAUUUGUUGUUGGGUCAAAAGAUGGUCGGUAUCAUGUAGGUGGACAUCAAAAUGGUAUAGUUGUGUUUAAAGGCAAACUUCCGAAGGGACUGGUCUGUUCACAGUGCGUUAUGCAAUGGCGUUAUAGAACCGGUAACAGAUGGGGUUGUAAUAAAAAGACUGGGAAGUGUGGGAAAGGAUAUGGACCUCAGGAAGAAUUCUAUGGAUGCUCAGAUGUUACUAUAACAACCAGUAUUGCCAGAAAGAGCAUGACCAUGAGAAAGCCUGUAGGCAUCAGACACACUGAAGCAUUUAAAUCAAAUUUCCAACUCCUUUCAAAUCCUUCUGAUUUAAUUAGUACUCUUGGUAAGAAAACUGGGGCAUCUCCAGUUUUUGAUAAAUUAACCAGUGUUCUUUGGACUUUAUUGAAAACUAUAAUUUCAACAAAUCGUGGGUCUCGGGUAGCUCUUGUUCAAUGGAAUCCAAUUGGACAUGAUAUUGUUGAACUUGGGAAAGCCAACCAGCUUUCAGUAUUAGACACCAAGAAUAAACGUACAUAUAACAGACCCUCCAAUCACUGGCCUCCUUUUAAACCUACGAUUGUUGAAGCUGAUAUAGGAGAGGGAGAGGAUGGUCCCAUGAUGCUUAGCGAAGUUGUUGUUGAUGAGGAUUGGCGAAAACCUACUGUGAUAAAAAGAUAUACAGAUGGACCAAAAGGCUUUGUAGCCAGUGAAUCAAAAUGUCGUGCAACCAAAGAAUUUGAACAUGUUGAAGGAACUAAUCGUUGGUGUAGUGUAAAUUGUAACGCGGGAAACUGCCCGAAAGUCAUGUGCACGUGCGUAACCAAAGCAGUAAACAGUAUUGUCACACAUCCAUUUACAAAUUCACUAUCUUCUAAAAUUCAUACUGUUAAAACUAGUGUACAUAAUCAGGGAUCUAUAAAAACUGUAAAACAUAAUGUAGUGCCAAAUUCGAAAAAAAGACUAUUGCGUUUACUUUCGCAUAAAAAGAACGUUGUUUCGAAUAAAAUUAAAAGUUCAAAUUUAAAACGAACGCUAUCAAAACCUGUUCGAACUAUGCACUGUCAAGGAGCAGGAAAAUUUGCCUCUCACCGUAAAAUGGUUGGAUGGUGUUUAGAAAAUUGUUCGAAAGGAUUUUGUCCUAAAUCUAUAUGUGAAUGUUCUAAAAUUAUUUAAAUACUUUUAUUAUUUAGUUACAUUUGUACAUAUUUAUUGUCUCUUUGUUAGUAUAUUAUCACUUUUAGCAUCAUGCAGAUAAAGAAAAUCUAGUGUUUAGAAUUUUAGGCUUCUUUUCAUCUUUAAUGUGGAAAGAAAGUUGAUUUUACUUUAUAAUACUCAAAGGCUUGGUUCCUAUACAAGCACGCUUUUUUAUUAUUUUUUUUUAAUAAACUGUGAGAUCAUAGCUUUACAUGUACUUUGACAAGCAUUCUUUUAUUUUUGAAAUAAAUAUACUACUUUGCGAAUCCGUUCCAAUAUACAUUUAAUUCAAAUGUAAAUUUGACCAUUUGCCAUAUAUUCAAUGACCACUUCUUAAAACAUUUUUUUCUUCAUGUAACUAGUAUACACUGUUGAAGUGAUAAAUUGAUUUGUACUACUUUCAUAUAUUAAGCACUGCUGGAUGACCAUUUGGAAGAAAAGAACAUUAAUUUUAGUCAAACUGUAUUAUAUACAUGGUAAAUAUAUGUGUUACAGUGACAGUUAUAUGACCCAAUGAUCUCAUUAAUAGAGACCUUGUGUAAAAUCGUCAA